ACAGAAUGAACGGGCUGUUAUUUUAGGCUAGGGCAUUAAUUCACUUGUUUAACAUUCCCUUCCAUACACAUAUAAAGUGAUAUUUCCCGGCUUUCGCUACCGAGAAAGGUAUACAUCUCUAUGGCAACAUCGACAUAUCAAAUUAUCAUCACCUCUGCAAGGAAAUAACGGGCAGGGCUGCUGCUGCUACUGGUACUGCUAUAUUUAUUUAUUUUCCCUCAUGCGUCCUGCAACGUUGUGGGAAACGCGAUCGAGCCAGGCAGAGAUAGCACUAUAUAAUGGAUUAAUGGUCGUGUGAGCUGCAUAUGAAAGAAAGGCUUCCAAUGCUGAAUAUGUCCACUCCCAGUGACCUCAAGUCUCCCUGCAUGACGCGGAACGGCAUGGUCAAGCUGCCCCCCCAGCCCAACCGCCUCGGUUCAGCCAGCAUCACUAAAGGCACUCCAGCUGCCAAGAAUCGCCUGUGCCAGUCAUCCUCCGUGCCCACCAUCUUGCCUCCGCCUAGCCUCCCAUAUCACCUGGAUCCCCUGCCCACAGCAGCCUCGCUGCUUGGGCCAGACCUGGACACGAGUCCCGUGACUGCGAUCAAACCCCCACUCCGGCAAUUCCCCAAACCCCUACUGGAGAGACAACUGAUACUGGACGAGAAGGUGCUGAACCGGCUCUUAUGGUACUUCACCACAGCAGAAAAGUGUAUUCUAGCCCAGGUGUGCAAGACGUGGCGAAAAGUGCUCUAUCAGCCCAAGUUCUGGGAGGGGGUGACACCCAUCCUCCAUGCCAAGGAACUCUACACUAUCCUGCCCAAUGGGGAGAAGGAGUUUGUUAGCCUGCAGGCGUUUGCACUCAGAGGCUUCCAGGCCUUCUGUCUGGUGGGAGUCUCGGAUUUGGACAUUUGUGAGUUCAUCGACAACUAUCCGCUGUCAAAGAAGGGAGUGAAGUCUGUCAGUCUUAAGAGGUCGACCAUAACAGAUGCAGGACUUGAGGUGAUGCUGGAGCAGAUGCAGGGCCUAAUGCACCUUGAACUCUCCGGCUGCAAUGACUUCACAGAAGCCGGCUUGUGGUCCAGCCUGAACGCGCGGCUUACCUCGCUCAGCGUCAGCGACUGCAUCAACGUGGCAGACGAUGCCAUCGCUGCCAUUUCUCAGCUCCUUCCUAACCUAUCAGAGCUCAGCCUGCAGGCCUACCAUGUGACCGACACGGCCAUGGCCUACUUCACGGCCAAGCAAGGCUACACCACCCACACGCUGCGUCUGAACUCCUGCUGGGAGAUCACUAACCAUGGCGUAGUCAACAUGGUGCACAGCCUGCCCAACCUCACCUCCCUCAGCCUGUCGGGGUGCUCGAAGAUCACAGACGAUGGUGUGGAAUUGGUUGCUGAGAAUCUAAGGAAGCUCCGGAGUCUGGAUCUGUCAUGGUGUCCUCGCAUCACCGACAUGGCCCUGGAGUACAUCGCGUGCGACCUGCACAAGCUGGAGGAGCUGGUUCUGGACCGGUGUGUGCGGAUCACAGAUACAGGCUUGGGCUACUUAUCUACCAUGUCAACACUGAGAAGUCUCUACCUGCGCUGGUGCUGUCAAGUGCAAGACUUUGGGUUACAGCAUUUAUAUGGCAUGAGGAGUCUUCGUCUUCUUUCUCUAGCAGGCUGCCCUCUGCUGACUACUACUGGUCUAUCAGGCUUGAUUCAACUACAGGACCUGGAGGAGCUGGAACUGACCAACUGCCCGGGCGCCACCGCCGAACUCUUCAAAUACUACUCCCAACAUCUGCCACGCUGCAUGGUCAUCGAGUAGAGCAAAACGAGUUUUACGGGCACCAGCACCCAACACAUCACCAAAACCUCCUCCUUCAGACUGAUGAUAAACCCUAUUUCAUCCUGGACCCACAGGGAGAGAAAUUGAAAAGGAAGGUUUUUUUUUUUUUUCUUGUUUUUUUCCGGAGGGGUGAAAAUUGAAAGUGGGAAGAUAAAAAGGAAAUCUGAAAGAAAAAUCCUGUCGGAAUGGGUCAGGACUGGCAAGAGAGAGGGAAAAUGUUCAAAGCGCAGUGGGUCAGAGGCUAGAUCUUUCAUUAAAUAACAUGACACAUGAGUCAGCCCCUACACAUACAUGAAACAUGUUCCUCCACUGAACUGUGAGACUAGCUUCCGUGUCUCAUCCAAAAACUGUUUAUCUUGAAGUGACAAAGGUGUGUGCCGACUGUUUGAGCUGUCUCUCAUAUCCAGGGAAAGAUUGAGAGGACGUUUAAGGAAAGGAAAGAGGUUAAGGAGCCACUGCAACAGGGUCUCUUCGCUUUUGUCAAGCGGCAUCUGGGUUUCUCGCUCCAUUCAGUGGUGCUGCCUCUCCAUCUUUGUGUCUUAACAAA